CAUCAUCUCCUCUUCUCCUUCCAAAUCUUCUAGUUUUUCAAAACAUGGUUUGUUGUUUAGUAAACCUAUUGAACAAAAAAACUAAGGCUCCUAAUGAAGACCUAAAAGGAAUGAAGAGGAAUGAGUUCAGAGAAGAAACAGAACAAAAGUCAAAGAUGAUUGUAUUCAAGUUUGCAGAUUGUCCCAAAGAAAAAUGGAGAAAAGGAAUGCAAUGUGUAACAACUUUUCCAGGAGUUCAUACUGCAUCUGGUCUUGUGCCAAACUUUUUUGCGGUGAAAGGAAAAAGUAUUGAUGAAGAAAAAUUGCUAAGGAAAUUGACGAAGAUCCUCAAGUAUGUCGAAAUUAUUGAUCCCUUAGAAUGCCGUGAAGGUCAAUUUUUUCCAGUAUUCACAGUCUAAUACCAAAACUAAUAUAUAAUAUAAUAAAAUAAUUAAAUUAAAUUAAUAAUAUUGUAAA